AGAAGAGAGAACCAGCUGACACUCACCUUCUGAUACAUAGUGAAGCAAGAUGGCCGCUGCUCGUCUGACUCUGUCCGUGUUGGUGCUGAUCCUGGCUGCUGCUACUCUGACUGAAGGCCUGCGUGGCGCCGGCCCAAAGAGAUGCUGCUUCCGUUUCAAUGAGAACGAGGUGCCCGUUGACAACGUGGUCGGCUACGUCAGGACCAGCCAGCGGUGCUCCAAGUCCGCCAUCCUGUUACAGACCGUGGCAAGGCGGAGCCUGUGUGUCAGACCCUCGGCCCCGUGGGUGAAGGAGCUCAUCAGCCACCUUGAUGCCAAAUCUGUCCAAGGAGAGAGGUCCAACCUGUGAGAACGGCAGCUUGUGAUCGAAAUGUGGCCAGUUAUCGUUUCUUGAUGCUGCAAUGUCACGAUGUGUUACCAUAAAGUCUGCAUAGGUGUAUCAAUAUGCGACAUAUUUACUUUUUUACUUAAACAAUGUUGUUAUGUAUUCCGAGUCUCAUGGAGAGAGGCCAUUUAAUUUAAGUAUACGGAACAAUAUGUGUAGUUUUUGCUUAACGUCAACACUGUGAAAUGCUGUUGCUUUGUGAUUUGAAUUGACUUAACAGAACGUGCACACUGAAAAAGAGCAAUACCUCCCAACUUCAUGCUUGUAGUCAUCAGUGGAGUAUAAGCUAAUGCCACUAUUUCUACAGUACAACCUGCGUCAGCACUUCCUCUUGUUUUUUCACAUUUAAACUAAAGUGGUGAUGGGUUUUUUUCUAUUUAUAGUCAUGUUUUGAAUUGAAGUUUUUGUACAGAUAAGUACAAAAUGUAUUUGUGGAACUGAUUUGAUGGUGCAGAAAUAAAGCCAGAUAAUAUGUC